AUGGAGGAGCUGACCUAUCGAAGUCGAAAUGGAAAGUCAGCGACUGCUGCUGCUGUUUCAACAAAUGGAACGCAGCAGACGAAUGGUCACAGUACUACUACUACCACCACGAAUCACCACCAGCAGGUGAACGGCACCAAGAAGCGUCUUCUGUGGUCUUCGCUGACCAAUGGUCACAGCAAUGGUUCAACAGCAGCAGCAGCAGCAGCUGUUUCAACUAAUGGGCAUGGAAGUCGAGGUGGCUAUCUUAAAAAUGGCUACAGUCAGAGCAAUAAAGUGACAAAUGGCGCAGCAGUUACGACCAACGGAAGUGCUGCUGCUGCUGCUAGCCCACUAUCACCACCGUCACCCUCGCCAACCUCGGCUAUCACCCCCACGACCACGGCCACUUCACCACCGGCGCUCUAUCCGAGCAACAUCGUCAAGAAGCUCGUCAAGUCGCAUCAGUCGAGUGCGAAUGGGGCAAAGUCAACUUCCGUUGCGCCCAUCAGCUCGAGCAGCACCGUCGUCGUCGUCUCGAGCAGCAGCAGCAGCGGAGCAACAGCGGUUGCCUCGAGCACCGAGGUGACUACUUCCGGUGCUAAAUCAGGCGCAAUUGGUUCAAACGGAACCGUACGGCACUACCCGUCGCCAAUCACCCACAACUACGUGCGCUCCAAUCCGCUCCUCCUCACCGCGCCCCUCCCUUACAUUCGCAAGGCAAAGUCGGUGGAGGCGCUCUCGGUGCUCGGUUCGCACUUUUCCGUUUCCACUUCCGGUGAGGAGGAGGAUCCAAAGGAUUCAGAGGAGGGUGAAAAUGUCGCCAAACCAACGUCGGCGAUGACGGCUGUAGACGGCGGCAGGACAGGAAAUAGGCUGCUGAAAAUUGGUGGUGGUGGUAAUCAGCCAGCAGUAAUGCUGCCUGCCAAUGACGAGCCACUUUGCUAUCAUGAACAGCAGCAGAAGGAGCAAUCGCCACCACCAGUUCGAAGUAAUGAGCAUGACGACUGUACAGCAGCAGCAGCCAUUGAUCAGCAGUCAGCCAUUGUCCGCUCCACUGGUGCAACUAGUACAGCGACGAACAACACAAUGGUCGAUAGUAUUUCGUCUACUGCUGCUGACGAAACAGUGCUCGAUGCAACAACUAAGGUGGUUGAUGAGAAUGGAAAAGAAGAAAAGAAGGAGGAGGAGGUAGGAGAAAUGAGUGGGCGCCUCAGUGCUGUUGUUGCUAUUCACGGCUCGGAAGAGCUCGAUGAAGAGGUAAGAACAGCUGCUCAUGGCCUUGAUGUACAGCCGUUCACCACCACCGCUAGCACUGCAUUGAACAUCGGCCCAUCAUCAUCAUCCUCCUCACUGCUCAAUGACAGUGGCAUUUGUGAGACGCUGGAAAGCAGUAGUGCUUCGAUGAUGAUGGCGAUGAAUGGCGACAAUUCCACUGCCGUACCAGUACUGUCACCACCGUCACCCCAACCAUCAUCAUCAUCUUCAGUCUUAGUCUCAGCCAGUCAAAGACGUCUGCAGCCGCAGCAGCAGCAGCAGCCGUUGUCGUCCAUCAGCGACAGUGAGAUGCCCAAGCCGGACACGGUGAAGACGGUGAAGAGGCUCUUUGAGUCGCCAAACGGAAGCGGUGAGGGUACUGCAACCACGACGAUGGUUGUCUCGCCUACGCCCACGCCCACCACCACAACUUCUUCCCUUUCCUCGCCAGUCAAAUCUAGUCCCAGUGAUAAUGGUAUUAAUCAUCAUAAUGGUGAUAGUAGCUCCUCUUCAGAG